UCUCACUAAUUUGACCGUCUUUCAUAAUUUCAAGAUCAGGAGUUAUAUAUCUUAAAAUCUUAAGCCCGCAGCAGUCGUCGCCGCAUGCUGGCCAUCUGGGACGAGGGGCAGGGUUGUGCCGCCGCUCACCGCUUACAUAAUGUCCAUGUCGCUGGGCCCCAAGAUCCGGAAAUUGGUCACCAGCGGGCGGCACUUCCUGAUUUCGCGUCGAUCGCUGAACCAAGAUCUUACGACGGCCCUGAGACCCUUCUACUUCGCCGUCCAUCCGGACUUCUUUGCCCAGCAUCCUGAGCAGCGGAACACCAACGAGAACUCCUUGAAGCUCCUAAGUGAGCAUCUGGAGGCUCUGUACGAACGCAGGCAGCGCGGGAGUGGCGACGCCCAGGUGCUCAAGUUCUAUGUGCGCACCAGUUCGGAUGCCGACAAGCGGGACUCCUUCAAGCUCAUCCAGAUUCGAACGGACUGGCAGAGCACCCGCGAUCCCAAGACCUUCAUUCAGAGCCUCCUGGAGUCCUGCAACCUGUCCACGGAGUAUGUGAAGAACAUCAAGGGACAGCCGGAGGCGCCAAAGCCCUUCUCUGGCCUGGAUUUCAAGCCGGGCCAGGACUAUCACUACGAUGCGCAGUUUACCGAGUUCGAAUCUCAGUUGAAAAAUGAACGUGCCUUCAAGCGACCUGUACUGACCACCUGGCUGGAGGAGAAUGCCGGGACAGCCAAGCAGCGCUCCAAGGAAACGGCAGACCUGCAGGCCGAGAUUGACAAGCUCCAAAGGGUGCUGGUCCAGAAGUUGGAGCUACAGGAUGCCCGCUACGAGUGCGGCUGGAACAUAGAGCACUAUCGCGGCUGUUUGAAGACCCUAGAGCGACUGUCCAACACACACUUACUUGAAAUGGCUCCCCUCAAACGUCGCAUUGUGGUCUUUGCUCCCUUCACGGGCAUCAGUCUCGAGGGUCACGUGAUGCUGUUCACCGGCGAUGUGCUCAGCACCUGGAUUGACUUCAUCAAGAACAUUCCGCAUCACGAUGCCUACUUGAAGGUGGUGCCCGUCUACGAACGGACACUCUCGCAGGUUCUGCUGCAGAUCCAGAUCGGACGCCGCAAGUUUAUGCCCAAGCAACAGGCCAGGGGCUAUGCAAGCUACCUCAUGAAGGUUACCACGUCGCUCAACGAUUACAUAGGUAAACAAAAAUAUCCGGCGGAAUGGCCGAAAACGCUCAAGGAGUUCACCAUUGUGGUGGAAUCAGAGGCGGGUCCCCUGAUGGUCAGCCCCACGGGGCAGUUCAUCACGCCAGCUACCUGUCCGGGCUCCAUACUCGUCGACUUCAUCACCGUGAACAUGGAACUGGCCCGGGAGCGGAUGAAGAAGUACGCCCAGGACAAACACGUCGAGCAGGAACUGAUCGACUCGUGCAUUAAGCAGCUGCAACUGCAAUCAUUGACCAAAGACGACGCCGUCACCCCGGACAAGAUGAUCACAGCCCUCAGAGACUUAGCCCAGCUGCAGGUGAAGGAGCUGCAGCAGUGCAAGCUGCACAUAACCCAUUACUAUUCGGUGCUGACCGACGGCGUUGUGUGCAUACCCUGGGACUUUCAGCAGAGGUAGUUCGGUUUUCUCAUACAUGUGCCUUAUUAGACAAAAUAAACAUAGUAAUAAUUUAUAGUUA